AUGUCCCACCCCAGCAGGAAUCAUACAAACGCACACAAUGGAGCCGCAUCUCGGACAGGAAUCAGUAGCAAGAAUACAGCCACAUCACGGCAACAGAACGGCUCCUUGGAGAUCCGGAAUGGCCACCAUCCGCAACAACAACCAAAGAACAACAAUCAGCGCCAGCAGGGCGGAGCAACGUCCUCAGCAACCCUGACAAGACUUGGGUCAGGAGGAGCAGGAGCAGUAGUCACUUCUGCUACAGCAGGGACGAUUGCUCAGCAACAAGAGUCAUGGAUCAAGAGCCGACAGGUGUACCAGCAACAACUGCUGACAGAGCAUUUUGGGUUCUCUCCCCUUUCCUUUGUCGACGAUGUCAUCAACUCGGUCAACAACAUGAUCUACCAGGCCUCAAUGGCCCUGCAGGAGUUUGUUGAGAACGAGAUGGAAGCAUGGGCGGUUCAGCACCAAAAUCAACUGCCGAAAAAUUAUGACGUUAAGGUGGAAAGUGCCAAGGGUAUGCACAAGUUUGAGACGCUGCUGGAGGCUGCGGUUGACAAGAACUUUGACCGUUUCGAACUGUACGCUCUGAAGAAUCUGUUUGGCGUGCCUGAGGAUGUCGACAUCGUUCUCCCACAUUAUGAGGCUCUGGAUUUCGGGAUUGGUGCGGAUAAAGAGGAAGCACUGGAUAAGGAACUCGAGCUCCUUAGACAGCAAGUCAUCAUGACAAAGGCGAUGAACUACAAGUUAAGAAAGGAGCUGGCGCUUGAAGAGGGUCGGAGGCGAGAACUGGAGAGAUGUCGGGAGCAGAUUGGAUUCCUCAAGGAUGCCCUCAAGGAGUACCGCGAUGUGGCACCGAUCCCACAGACAUUGAUCUUUAUCCGUGAUAACAUCGAGACGCUGCAUCGGCGGUUCGGAGCAUUGCACGAGAAACUCCAGCGGAAUGCGCAGGCAGAUCGCCUUGCGUCAUCGGCAGCAGCAUCAACAGGAGAACGAGCUGUGUCGAGCGUUACGGCAUUGCACGAGGCAUUGCUGUCACAGGAGCAGGACCAGAGAGUAAUGUAUAUCCGGUCGGUGGUCCGUCGCCAGAUUGACGAGCAUCUUGGAUCAGAGACAGUUGUGAUGCAUCGGUCACACAACUUUACUGCCCCACCAACGCCAUCACCCCCAAGCUAG